AUAUUCUGUUCGUGCGCCUCUUCGUUAUCAUGGGCGUUACCUGGACUUUCGAAAUAGUCGUAUACUUAGUGCAGGACAACAAGCCAGUGUUCUCGGUAUUGCAGGUCUUCGAUUACAUCAAUAGUGCGCAAGGCGUCAUAAUAUUCAUAAUGUUUGUGUUGAAGCGAAGUGUUCUGAAGCUCAUCUCAAAUCGAAUUCGGGGCAUUGAAGACGAUGCCAGCGACUCUGAAGAGGAAAUUGCUCUCCAAGAUCGGAAUGGAGGUGCCAAUAAGAUCGGUCCACAAAUCUUGAAUUAGGCCCCAGGCUGAUCAACUCAAUCGGAGCACUUCGAUUAGCAUGGGCCAUGCGUCGAAAGUCGGAUCAGCAGUCCCAAGUGCCGCCAAGCCACUUUAAGUGAAGUAUUAAACCUGGG